AUGGACACAGACACAGGCAUGCACCAAAACCAACACAACAACCAACAGUUCAAAAUCCAGCACCACAACAACAACCAGCACAACAACCACCUCCACAACCAGCACCACAACCAACAGUUCAAAACACUGCACCACAACAACCACAAACAGAGCAAGGACAUAAAAGAAGUAGAGAACAAGGAAACCAAGAUUUCUUAA